AUGGAGAAAAGAUUAACACAUCUGCUAUUUGCCGACGACAGCCUAAUAUUUUUGGAUGCAAACAUUGAGGAGGGGGCAGCUCUAGGUGAAGUUCUUCGUCUCUAUUCAGCUAUGUCUGGUCAAUGCAUCAACUUCAACAAAUCAAGCUUAUCUGUGGGUAGAAAAAUUCGACAUACAGAUGGUCAAAGGCUUGCUAAUUCACUGGGGGUCACCUUUAUAGAAAACCAUACUAAAUAUCUUGGACUACGUGCAUUUCUUGGAAGGAAUAAAAGAGAAGUUUUUGGUCAGAUUCGGAAUAAGGUGUGGGAGAAACUUCAAGGUUGGAAGAUGGGUCUUUUCUCUCAAGCGGGUCGCGAGGUGUUAAUCAAAUCAAUAAUACAAGCUAUUCUGGUCUAUCUAAUGAGUUGUUUUAGAUUAAUAAAGGGGCUGAUCCGAGAGAUUCAAAGUCUUAUCGCUCGUUUCUGGUGGGGAUCAACAAAAGAUAAACACCAAAUUCACUGGGGCAACUGGGAUAAACUAUGCAAAGAUAAGUGGUUUGGGGGUAUGGGAUUCAGAGAUUUGGAGGACUUUAACCAAGCCUUACUUUCAAAGCAAGGGUGGAAGCUUGUUACCAACCCGAAUAGCUUGUUUGCUCAAGUGUUGAAAGCCCUCUACUACCCGAAUUCUGAGUUCUUAACAGCUGGCCUUAGGAAUUGUUGCUCAAAUAUUUGGAGAGGAAUCAUUUGGGGCCGUGAGCUUAUUUUGAAGGGCUCUCGGUGGCGUGUGACGGAUGGUAAUAAAAUUAGAAUCAAUGAAGAUCGUUGGAUUCCUAGAGAGGCCCCUUUCCUUCUUCGCACUCCGGCAAUGGUUCCCCCUAACGCAUAUGUGAGUUCUCUCAUGGAUGAUGCAGGUGAAUGGAAUAUAGAGACUCUCAAGGAAACGAUGCAUGAAGAUGACAUCCCUUGGAUUUUAGGAAUCCAAACUCGAAAAGAUGGUGGGGAGGAUGACCGAAUGUGGCACGAUACAAUCAAUAAAAAAUACACGGUAGAUAGUGGAGACAAGAUAAUUCAAAUGGAGAAGCAGGGGGCAGAGACUUCAAAUAAAUCAAUAGUGAGGGGUGGUGGAAGACGAUAUGGCAAUCGAAUUUAA